AAAGAAAAGGACACCACUCUCUCAUCACUGCACCCAAACCCAUCUCUAUUAUCUGUUCAUCAUUCAUCGUUCAUUCCUUUUUCUCUCCGCAGGAUGAAGAAAAGAUCCAUAUCAACCCUCUAUAAGGCACUUCCCGAUCUCUGCAAUCGCGAACUCGGCCACCUACCACCUAGAAAUUUCGUUCAUCGUCUCGCUGCCUCCGAGGAUCUUGUGCUUCGGCUUGAUGUGCUAAGGAAGCUGGAAAAGCACAGAGGUUGUGUGAACACUGUGAGCUUCAAUGCAGAUGGUGACAUUCUGGUGUCGGGUUCUGAUGACAGGAGGGUUAUUCUCUGGGACUGGGAAACUGGUCGAAUUAGACUCUCUUUCCAUUCUGGUCACAGUAACAAUGUUUUCCAGGCAAAGAUCAUGCCUCAUUCCGAUGAUCAAAGCAUCGUCACCUGUGCUGCUGAUGGACAGGUGAGGCAUGCUCAAAUUCUUGAAAAUGGAGGAGUUGAAACUAAGUUACUGGCCAAGCAUCAAGGAAGGGCUCAUAAAUUGGCUAUUGAGCCAGGUAGCCCUCAUAUAUUUUAUACCUGUGGUGAAGAUGGAUUGGUACAGCAUUUUGAUCUGAGAACUGGGGUUGCAACAGAACUUUUUACGUGCCAACCAAUUAAAGACAGAUGGAAUUACAUGCCAGUCAUCCAUCUUAAUGCAAUUGCAAUUGAUCCAAGGAACCCAAAUUUCUUUGCGGUUGCUGGGUCUGAUGAGUAUGCUCGACUUUAUGAUAUUCGCAAGUACAAGUGGGAUGGAUCAACUGAUUUUGGUCAACCAACUGACUUCUUUUGCCCUCCACACUUGAUUGGCGAUGAGCGGGUUGGAAUAACAGGCUUGGCCUUUUCUGAACAAAGAGAGCUGCUUGUGUCAUACAAUGAUGAGUUUAUUUACCUAUUUACACAAGAUAUGGGUUUGGGACCAAACCCUGCUCCUGGGUCCCCUAAAUCUAUGAGCAGUGAUUCAAGUGAAAUAGGAGGUAGUCAUUGUUCUGUGGCAUCUCCAUCAAACAUGGAUGCUGAUGAGAAAAUCACCCCACAAGUUUUUAAGGGACACAGGAAUCGUGAGACAGUGAAGGGUGUUAACUUUUUUGGACCUAAAUGUGAGUAUGUAGUGAGUGGGUCUGACUGUGGUCGGAUUUUCAUAUGGAAAAAGAAAGGUGGUCAGCUUGUUCGUGUCAUGGAAGCAGAUAAGCAUGUUGUGAACUGCAUUGAGUCUCAUCCUCAUACAAUGGUUCUUGCAAGCAGUGGUAUUGAGCAUGACGUUAAGAUAUGGACUCCAAAGGCCCAUGAGAAAGCUACUUUGCCCAAAAAUAUUGAGCAGAAAAACUGUGUAUUGUGUGAUUCUGGACCAACUGGGUUGCACCUGAAAUUGGGUCGAACCAUGCACAUCCCAGUUCAGAAAACCCUUCACAGUCUCUCUAUGGGUCUGUUCCUUGCUCUCCAAGGUUGGAAACUUGGAAUUGAACUGAACUUGGUGAGCAAGAGUGCUACAUGGUUCUGUAAUACCCCUGCAUACCAUUGGUCCCAAAUGUGGUUCAUUUAUGACCCAAAAUGUUUGUAGUAGUGUUAUGAAAUGAGACCUUGUAGCAUAGGAUUUGAUGCCUUAAGGACAGCAACUCUGCUCAGCAGCCUUGGCUUCUACAUGUGCGAUUUGUGCUGCAUGCUUGAAGAGGACUUGGCGCUUGAAGGAGAUGAUGUGGGUAUCCGUUUUUAAAAAUAAGACCUAACUGAGGCUGGCCCUUAAAUGCACAGCAUCACUUAAAAGACUAAUUCAUAGAAUCUAGAAUUAGGAUUAUAAAACAUAUAUUUAUAUUUCUGAAUUAUGAAACUUCGAUUUUGUUAUUUUAUGACUUUAUGAAAGUAUUUUGGAAUUAUGUUAUUUUUGAAAUUUCAAUUUAUAUUUUAUUAAAUUUUAUUGCAUAUUAGUACAAUAGACGUUAAAUUGUUAUUGGUUAGUGAUCCAAUGGUAAGCAAAUUUCUUUUCGAAAAAGAGAACCAAAUAAAUAUACUCUCCUGUUCCUAAUGCCUGGAAAAGUUUUGUAUCCAUACCACAUACCAAAUCAUACAGCGUGCCAUGUAAAACAUUCUUUUUUCUCUCUUAUAAUCAUAUUAAUGGUAUCUCUUAGAUAAAAAUCACUUAAAUACGAGUAGCAAUAGACACAUGGGAGUGACAAUAGACAUUCUCCAAAAACAGUAUGGCAUCCAAAGACCCAAAGGACGAAGUCUAGUUUACACAAAGACCAAAAAAGGUCCACAACCUGAACAACAUAGAAGUGUACCACACAGAUGAAAAGACAGGUACCGGCAUGUAUAAAUGAGAACUAGCUCUGUAAUAGGCCAAGGUGAUUUCAGUUAUUUCCAGGGCAACAUUCAAUAAUUUUGGCAGAGGAAUGUGUGCUAGAAAACUUCUGAACAUGCACUGGCUUAGUGGGUUGGAAUGGUUAACAUUUGGAUGAUGUGGUAAGCUUUAUAUGCCUGCCAUAUCAUUAUAAGGCUGAGUGAUUUGUCUGGAAAAUGGGUUAAAUAAACUGAUAUAAGUCAGAGGCUUGAAUAUGCUGCCCCGAGGGGAAUUGAGUGGGUACCCCAUUGGGUGCGUGUUGUGAAUGCAAAGCAUGAUAAAUAAUCUAUUCACCUGUGAUUGUAUGAAUGAGCAUUAUAUAUAUUUUUAAAUAUAUAUCUACCUAAAAGUAUUUACAACUGCUUUUAAAAACAUAUAAUAAAAGAAACAAAAUAUGAUAUGCUAAUCUAGGAAAGUCGUAGGAGAACCUGAUUUUAACACCAAUACUGGCUGUUAUUGUUAAAUGAUAAAUCAGAGCAAGAUUGAUAUUUAUGUUACAUGAACUGUUUAAGCAGCAGAGGAACUAAUUUCUCUGCUGUCACUUCUUUGAAGAAGGUUCCCAUGUUUGAGCGAAUUCAUUGGUUUACGAUUGAUGGUGAUGAGGAGGAGGACGACGAGGAUGAUUAUGAAGAUGAUGAUAUGUUUGAUGAUGACUCUGAUGAUGAUAUGUCUGAUGAAGACGACGAUGAAGACGACGACAAUUGUGAUGAGGACAAUGAUGAUUAUUUCAAUGAUUAUAAUGAUGAUGGUGAUUAUGAGUAUGAUUGUGAUGGUGAUGACAACAAUAGUGUUGGUGAUGAUAAUAAUGAUGACAAUGACAACGACGAUAAUUUUGCUGGUGGUUGUAAUGAUGGAAAUUGAUGAAAAUUUUGUGUGUCCAACAGAAACCCAAGGCUAGGGGCUGGAUGUACCGGAUAGCUUCUCCUGAAGACCUGAUGUUGCAACUGUUUUCACUUCCAAGACGAAGGAUUCGGACAGAAAGUGGCGGCGAAAACUCAGCUGCUGGUCGAGACCUUCUAGAGUUGAUAUUGACAUUCAAUGCAAAUAGUGACAGUUCUAACGAUGAUGAUGAUGAUGAUGAUGAUGAUGGAGGAGAUACAACCAGCCAAGAGGACUUGUUCAGUUGAGAGUUUUCACAUCUUGGCCCUUCUAAAACAAUGGUACCAAUUGUAAAUAACUUAGAAUUAGUGAUAACUGUUUUGUGCAAUACUCCAUACUAUGUCUAAACUCUAAACAUUACUCCAUAUACCAUUGCCCUCAAUUUUGGAGGGCUUUGCUUUGUUUCUUUGCUUU